CUCAAACCACAGCUCGAAACAAAUUUGCAUCAAGUCCCCUUUUGAUUUUCUUCAGUUUCGUUUGAAAAAAAGAAAUGGACGUCACCAACUUGAACCAUAACGCUAGCCCGAACACAACCAAAGAGGAAAACGACGACGACGAGAUAGGCAUUCGAGCGGGGAGGAUAGCCAACGCGGUGGCGUUCCCCAUGGUUUUGAAAGCGGCCAUCGAGAUAGGUGUCGUCGACGCAAUCCACCAGGCCGGUGAAGGCGUCUGGCUCUCACCUUCCGACGUAGCCUGUCGCCUUCCGACCAAGCCCAGCAACCCGCAUGCCCCGAUGCUGUUGGAUCGAAUGCUGUGUUUGCUCUCCAGCUAUUCCCUAGUGAAAUGCCGUACUCGGACCGGCGAGAACGGCCGUACCGGAGUAACCGAGAGGGUUUACUCGGCCGAACCGAUCUGCAGAUUCUUCUUGAACGAUAGCCAAGGCUCGGGCUCUCUCGCCCCGUUGUUCUUGGUGUCUCAUAGCAACGUCUACAUCCAGAUGUGGUUUCAUUACAAGGACAUGAUACUAGAAGGGAAAGCUCCAUUCGACUGUGCCCACGGCACGACCCUCUACGAGUACUUGCCGAGAGACGAGCCCUUCCACGAGCUGUUUCACCGGGCCAUGUCGGAACAUUCCACCAUGGUCAUGAAGAAGCUUCUAGAAGUUUACAAAGGGUUCGAAGGUGUGAACGUUCUGGUCGACGUGGGAGGCUCGGAUGGCACCACUCUGAGCCUCAUCACUGCAAAGUACCCUCACAUAAGGGGUAUUAAUUUCGAACUGCCCGACGUCGUAGCAAAGGCUCCUUCUUUUCCUGGGGUGGAACAUGUGGCCGGAGAUAUGUUCGUUGAAGUCCCAAAGGGAGAUGCCAUCUUCACUAAACGGUCGAUCCACGGCUGGAACGACGAAGACUGCGUGAAGAUCCUUAAAAACUGUUGGAAAUCGCUUCCGGAAAAAGGGAAGGUGAUCGUAAUGGAAACCAUUGUUCCGACAAACCCGGAAGGCGGGGGCGAGUACUCCAACUUCGGCUUCGACCUGGACGUGUUGUUGCUGGCGCUGUGUGCGGGAGGGAAAGAGAGGACCCGUGCCGAGUUCGAGGCUUUGGCCAAGAGAUCGGGCUUCGACCGCUGCGAGUUCGUUUGCCGUGCUUACUACAGUUGGGUGAUCGAAUUCCACAAAGACUGAGAUCCCUUGAGGAACAAAACACGCCAACUGCUGUCCCCUUUUAUGGUUUUGUCUCAAUAAUCUGCUUCUGUUGAAUCAAUCAUGUUUCUCUUUCUUGUUGUCGUUUGCUUUUUCUGUAAUAAAUAAAUAUAUAAAUGAAUAAAGGUUUGUGGCGAAGAGUAAAUGGACCUAACAUUGACGUUUGUGGAUUC